AUUUUAUAUAGUGCACAUAAUGUGCAACUAGCAACACUCACUUGUUCUUAUAAUGGUCCCUCCUUCCACCAAUACCAUACAUAACAACUUUGUCUUUCCCCCAUUAAAGUCUAUUAUUCUGCUUUUUUUCUCACCAUUUUUCUUCUCUAGAAUUAAUUAAGAAGCGUGUUUUACAUUAUUAACACAAAAAAUGUGUACUCUAUGUUAACAAGUUUAAUAGAAUAAAGCAACAAAACUUUCAUUUGUUGUAUCAAAUUUCUCCUAGACAAAAAAAAAAGGUGUUAAGAUGAUACAUAAUAAAUCAGAAUCAGAUGUUACAAGUUUAGCUCCAUCAUCACCUUCAAGAUCACCAAAAAGGCCAAUUUACUACGUGCAAAGUCCAUCAAGAGACUCACAUGAUGAGGGAGAUAAGUCUACUUCAUUGCACGCUACUCCUAUGUACAAUAGUCCUACGGAGUCUCCUUCACAUCCUUCUAUGGGUAGGCACUCGAGGAACUCGUCUGCUAGCCGGUUUUCGGGGAUUUUCCGGUCUUCGUCGGGUCGGAAAGGUAGUCGGAGAAGGAAUGAGAAAGGAUGGCCUGAGUGUAAUGUGAUACUUGAAGAAGGUAACUACGACGAUGAGAAAGGGUUGUCAAGAAGAAUUCAGGCCUUAAUUGGGUUGCUUAGCUUUGUGGUUUUGUUCACUUUGUUUUGCUUGAUUAUUUGGGGAGCUAGUAGACCUUUCAAAACUCAAGUCACUUUGAAGAGCUUGGCAGUUCAUAACUUGUAUGUGUCGGAGGCUACGGAUUUCUCAGGGGUACCCACAAAAGUAAUGACAUUUAAUGGUUCAUUGAAGCUUGGCAUUCAUAAUCCUGCUACAUUUUUCGGCAUUCAUGUUAGCUCAACUCCCAUUACUCUUCUUUACUCCGAGAUUGCUGUUGCUACCGGUCAGUUGAGGAAACACUAUCAACCAAGAAAAAGUCGGAGCACUACUUCAAUAAUAGUGAAUGGAGAUAAGGUUCCAUUGUAUGGAGCUGCAUCAAACUUAGACGUAUCCAGUCAACGUAGUGGCCAAGUUCCAUUCUUGCUAGAAAUGGAGGUUCAUUCGAGGGGAGACGUCGUAGGAAAGCUCGUAAGAACAAGGCAUCGUUUGCACGUAUUCUGCAAUGUUACAGUCGACUACUUAAGCACCAAGCCUAUCAAAUUUCGGAAGAAUACUUGCUCAUAUUAUUGAAUCUAAUCUUGUUUGUUUUUUGCUAAUUUAAGAGUAGUGUGACAUUGUUUAUGGAAGUGUAUGUAAGGAUACUUGUAGAUAUGCUUGUAUUUUACGCUUGUUUUUGUUGGGUUUCCUUCUAAAUUUUCUUGUUUAAGUGUAAUUUAAUUAGAGAUGCACUUUUGCUAUGAAGCUAAUGACAAAAAAAACGAAUAAAUCCACCA